UUCUAUUUAAUUGCAUUUUAAUGGCGCCACCAGCAUCAUCUACUUCAUUACAAGAUCGUAUUCUUGCACUUGUUAAGACCCUUCAAUUUGUUUGGUUUUCGGGUCAUGUAUUGACUAUUCUCGGUUCAUUCUUAUAUGCAUUAACUCUUAUUUUGUUUCGUGCAAACCGAUACUACUAUAAAAUGGCUUAUUUUGGAGCAUUGUUAUCAUAUGGUGUAGUCAUUUAUAAAUCUCAUGGUAAGCCUCGCCCAAACGCUGAAUAUGCCCGUAAAUUGGUUAUGGAUGAAAAUGCCCAAUAUUUAUUACUUGCAUUCUUUUGGUUCUUUACUAAUCCAAUUGCUGUUACUUUAAUCCCAUUUGUUACUUUCUCGGUUUUCCAUGCUCUUGGAUAUGUUCGUACUAAUAUUAUUCCUAAUAUCUUCCCUCGACCUACCACAACAGAUGCUUCUGCUCCUGCAACAUGGCAAGCUAAGACUCAACAAACAAUUAAAUCUUGGACUGAUAAAUACUAUACAGUUGCAAUGCGUUUUGUUGCUCAAUCUGAAGUCACAAUGAUUGCACUUCGUUUAGUUUUGGGUUUAUUACGUUUCAACUUCUUGCCUUUUAUUUUGUAUGCCCAAUUCCUUCGCUUCCGUUAUCAUUUAUCAACUUAUACACGUCAAACAUUUACUGAACUUCGCAUCAAGUUUGAUAAAUUACUUUUACCCCCUUCAGCAGAUCCUCGUAUCCCCGCUUUUGUACCAAAUGCUUAUAAUGUCAUUAAGGGCUUAAUUAUUAAGUUUGGUUACUCUAUUGUUCAAGCUCAGCCUGCCGCUCCUGCUCAAUAGAUAAAAAGAAAAAAAAAUAUAUUUAUAUAACCAUUAACAUGCACGCAAAUGUUAUAAAGAUAUAUUAUUAAAAAAAUUUUUUUUCUUUUC